GUUCCCACCUUCUAUUCCACCUCUAUUCCCUCUAUUCCACCUACUUACCCAAAAGCCAGCCAGCCUUUCCAAACUCCUAAACUUUAUUGGACUCUUUUCCAGGGGAGUUACGAGUUAAGAAAGAGGAUAAAAGGAGUAUAUUUAUGGAAUCCUAGACCCCUUAAAAGGGGUUGGAAUUUGGAGGAAAGUAUAAGAGGUAGGAGUUAUUCACGUUAUUUUAAUAUUUGGGGUGGUGGUGAUAUCCGGCUGGAUAAGAGGCCAAGAGACCUUUUAGCAGGGGAGAUCGGAGGAGGCCCUAUCUUGUAAACGGCUAUAAUAAGGCGGUUUGAGAGAGAGAGAGAGAGAGAGAGGAUAUAGCGGAGGGGAAAAAUAAAAAGGGCAAUAGACGCGGAGGGUGAAGAGAAAAGGGGAAAAGAAAGAGAGAUUAGAAAACAAAACGAUAAAUAUAUAGUGUAGAGAGAGACGGAGGGAGAGGGAGGGAGGAGAGAAGCCGGAGAUCGCCGCCGGGCGGGCUGAUCGGAGGAUCAACUGGGCUUCCGGCAAGCAGCCGCGUCGCUGGGUGUUCUGAUCCGGCGCCGGGGAUCGCUGCCGGGGGAAUUAGCGGCGGGAUUUCGAGGAGAAAGCCGCUCGAUUGAGAGGGAUUUGAAGCGGAAGAGGAGGAAUCUUGGGAAAGUUUGGAUUUUGAUCCGUCCAUCAUGCCGGAAGGAGGGUACUACAGCUCCAAGAAGACGGACGACAUCUGCGAAGAUAUCUGCGGCGAGAACUCAAGAGCAGCUUUGAGCAUGUCAAGGCUCCGAUGUGCCCUCCGUGGCUUCGAUUUGAAGGCAUUGUUGCUUCUCUUUGUGGGUGUUCCAAUUCUUAUCUUCAUCAUCUAUGUACAUGGCCAGAAGAUCUCCUACUUUCUGAGGCCCCUGUGGGAAUCUCCCCCUAAACCCUUCAAUACUAUUCCUCACUACUACCAUGAGAAUGUCUCCAUGGAGAACCUUUGCAAGUUCCAUGGAUGGGGGGUUCGGGAAAAGCCAAGGCGUGUCUUUGAUGCGGUGCUGUUUAGUAAUGAACUUGAUAUUCUUGAAAUUCGAUGGCACGAGUUGAGUCCGUAUGUUUCAGAGUUUGUUCUACUUGAGUCGAAUUCUACAUUCACUGGCUUGAAGAAGCCCCUCUACUUUGAAAAAAACCGGCACCGCUUCAAGUUUGCUGAGUCCAGGCUAACAUAUGGGACUGUUGGAGGGAGAUUUGUGAAGGGAGAAAACCCUUUCGUGGAGGAGUCUUACCAGCGAGUGGCAUUGGAUCAGCUUAUCAGGAUAGCGCGCAUUACUGACGAUGACUUAUUGAUCAUGUCUGAUGUUGAUGAGAUCCCAAGCGGCCACACAAUCAACCUUUUGAGGUGGUGUGAUGAUAUUCCUGAGAAACUCCAUCUCCAGCUUCGGAACUAUCUAUACUCAUUUGAGUUCUACCUUGAUGACAAAAGCUGGAGGGCUUCGGUUCACAGGUAUCGAGCUGGGAAGACCAGAUACGCUCAUUUCCGCCAGACUGAUGACCUAUUGGCCGAUUCAGGGUGGCACUGCAGCUUCUGCUUCCGCCACAUCAGCGAGUUUAUAUUCAAAAUGAAAGCAUACAGCCAUGUGGAUCGUGUGAGAUUCCCAUAUUACCUAAAUCCAUCAAGGAUUCAGGAUGUGAUAUGCCGAGGAGCAGACCUAUUUGAUAUGCUUCCGGAGGAGUACACGUUCCAGGAAAUCAUUGCCAAGUUGGGUCCGAUACCAAGUUCAUAUUCUGCUGUCAAUCUUCCAGGACACUUACUUCGGAAUGUUGACCAGUACAGAUAUCUCCUGCCAGGAAACUGUAAGCGCGAGAGUGGCUAAGUUUUGUCGGCGGCAUUAUAGGUUGCUUGCAAAUGCUACAGAGAAGGUACACUUCAAAAAUUGAUCUGUGGCUUUAUAUUGGGGAUAAGUAUCUCACUUAGUUGGAUAAUUCUUCUAUGGAAAUGGGCAAAUAUGGGUUGACCUUUGUGUUAAUAUGUGCAAUAGUUUGAAGGCUUAUAGCAUCAACACAUGCUUCCCUGGAGCCCAUUUAUUUGCGAAAGGAGCUCAGUGGAUUGUAACUACAUCAGAGAUUAUUCAUCUCUUCUUCCCUUCUCGGUAUGCGAUAUCACAUAGGUGGUUGUAGAGUGCAAAUUGAGUGAAGUUUUCAAACUCUCACAUUCUGGGAAUUUGUUUUCUUCUAGAACUAAUUUAUUCGUGUAUUCUUCAUCCAACCUGCCUUGAUGUUCUAUUGACUUUGAGUUUGUACCACCUGAUUUAUUUAAGCUCUCCAUAUGGUGACAGUUCUGAUUAAAUGAUGGGAUACACUUUUUAGCAGUCCAAUUA